AUUCCCUUCAAUCUUGUGGGUGUCAAUCUCCUCACCGCCAAGAUGGACGCCGCAGCAAUCGAGCAGAUGAACAAGGUCCGUGUCUCCCUUGGGAUGGCUCCGUUGCCAGUUCCGGGAGCCGGACCGCAGUUCAAAACCAACGAUGAGUCUGAUUCCGCCGGUUCGGAGAGCGAUGAUUUCAGCACGCUCGACAAACGGCAGGCUGCUGCUGAUGACAACUGGCAGAAGCUCGAGAAUGAGAGACAGGAGAAGCUCGACCGGCAAAGACGCAAGGAUGCCGCCAAGAAGGCGCGAGAUGCCGCACAGCGCUUCACAAAGCUCGAAGGCAAGGGUCUGGGCGAUGCCGAUGAGGACGCUGGGGAGCUGGAUACGAGGUCAUGGCUUCUGCAGCAGAAGAAGAGGCAGAAGAAGAUCGACAAGGCGAGGAAGAUGGCGGAAGAGCUGGCCGCGCGCGAGCAACAGGCGGAAUACACCAGCAAAGACCUGGCGGGCGUGAAGGUGGGGCAUGAAAUGCAAGAGUUUGACGAUGCCACGGGCGAGCAGAUCUUGACCCUCAAAGAUGCCGAGAUUGGAGAGGACAGCGGGGACGACGAACUGGAGAACGCCGACCUGAGAGCGAAGGAGAAGCUGGAAGAGAGGCUCCGGGUCAAGAAGAAACGGCCUGACUACGACCCUACCGAGCAGAAUGAACCUCAAGGUCUACUGUCAAAGUAUGACGAAGAAAUCGAAGGCAAGCAGCAGAAGCGCUUCACUCUCGAUGGCACAGGCAACACGGUUGAAGCGUUGCGGAGAACACUCGACAAUGAUGGUCAGGUCAAGAGCAAGGGCGUCAAGAUCAGUCUGGACAUGUUCAAAGACGACGCGCCUGUGUCGGACUACGUCGAUCCAAGCACCAUCAAAGUCAAGAAGCCAAAGAAAAAGAAGGAGAAAAAGACGCGACAAAAGACGGAUGACGAUGACGAUAUCAUUCCUCCUGUUGAGCCUGCAACAGCUGGGACGCAGGAGGCCGACCAUAUGGAUGUCGAUGGCGCCCAGCAGCCUGGUGCAAUGAGCAACAACAAGAAGCGCGCAUUCGAUUUCGAAGACGAUGAUGACCUGCAAGCAAGACUGGCGGAACAGCGACGAAGUGCGCUGAAGAAGCGCAAGAAGCUGGAUGCAGCCGAGCUUGCGCGACAAAUGCGAGAAGAGAUGCCGGUAGACGAAGAAGAGCCCGAAGACGGCGGCAUGACAAUAGAUGAGACCACAGAGUUUGUGGCGAAUCUCAAGAAACCAGAGGCUGCGCCAGACGCACGACGAAGCAGAACGCCGCAGCCCGCCACCGCCGACUCUCCUGGAGAUUUGGAUGAAGACGAAGACGGCGAUACUACAAUGGCGACCUCCUCUUACGCGGAAUUCGAGGAUGCUCGAGAUCGUAGGCGCGAAAAUGCCACUCCUGCCGAAGAAGUAACGGCCACGGGUCUGGAGGAUGAAGACAUGAUGUCUGGCCAAGGGAUUGGGGCAUCAGUGGCCCUAUUACGCAAACGAGGCGUUCUGUCCAACACCUUCGAUGACACCCUGUCGAAACAAGAGCGCCAACGGGCCGAGUUCCUCGCGACCAAGCAACACCUCAUCGACGACUUCGACCGUAAAGCACGCUUGCAGCGUGAGGACGAGCGGCGCAAAGGCACGUGGGACAAAAUGUCGACGCGCGACCGCGAGCAUUACGCCAUGCAGCAGAACGAAGCACGCGAGCGCUACCUCAACCAGCUGCUGGACGAAGAGUUCAAGAAGAACUACAAGCCCACCGUGGAGCUCCGGUACAACGACGAGUUCGGUCGGGCCAUGAGUGCCAAAGAGGCCUUCAAGCACAUGAGUCAUAUGUUCCAUGGCAAGGGCAGCGGGAAGCAGAAGACGGAGAAGCGAUUGAAGAAGAUUGAGGAUGAGAAGAAGGAGCUGGGCAAGGGCGUGUUGAAUGUGAGGUCGGAGGAGGGGGGUAUGAUGAAUGUGCAGGGCCGAGAGGGUAAGAAGCAGAAGCAGGCGGGGGUGCGACUGCAGUGAGGUCUUGUCUCUCUGGAGUUGCUGCCGAGGUCAUUCAAUAGCGACUUUGAUGUCCACCUCCAAGGGUCAGACGAAUGAUUGGAAAGACGGCUGUGGACUCGAGAGGGAUGCGUCCGGGUGAGUAACGCUCUUGCCGAGUCUACCAUAGGUCAGGUGAGUGAUGUGUGAUGUCUCCACGGCCGUGAACACAGUAACACCCGCCCCUCGGGUUUAAUGCUACGGAGCGACUCGCUGAGUGAUGUGAUGACGAAUUCGUGCUUGUUGCUGCUUGUGUAGGAAGUCUCCGCCCAAGGUACUCGCCACUUCUUCGUGAGACGUGACAUCCUCGGUUCUAGUGCAGUGUCAUAAUGCAAAUGUAUUCCAAUUUGUCGUUUGAGUGAAAGCACUGUUCCUCA